AUGACCGGGACGUCAUCUGAUCUGGUUGCCUGGUUCUGUUGCUCUAGUCCCCUCUGGCAAGGCUUGACUACCAAGCCUAGCAGAUGCAGCAGUGCGGUAGAUGAAAUUGAGAGCAAACCGCUCGAGAAUGUGGAUGCGGAGAGGGUUCAGAGGGUUCAGCUGGCGACCCGCCAAAAGUACGAUACGCAGACUAGGUGGCCGCUAACCGGAAUUGCGAGUCGCAUAUCCCAAACCAUGGGCCUCCACCGCGAACGCAGCGUCACAUUGCUACCUGUCUUCGAGUGGGAGAUGCGGCGCGGACUCUGGUGGCAGGCUCUGCUCAUAGACAGCCGCGCAGCACAGCUGUGUGGUGUAGCCAUGAACGCCUACUCGUAUUCUUUCUGGGACACCGAAAGUCCACGCAACCGACCUGUCGCCGUCAACGCGGGAGUCCGUGAUCGGCCCGGAGCCACGGAAAUGCUCUUCUGCGAGAUCCGAUUUGAGAUCGGCGAUUGCAUGCGUAAGUUGACAGCCAUGGAGCAUCAACCGGUGGUGGGUACCAUGGCCGAGAAGAUGAUUGCCGAAGAUCUAACUAGGAGACACCUACCUAAAGGACUGUGA